AGUAACAAUAAAGUAACAAGCCCAGACAACUUGUGGCGUCACUCAAUAUAUUUACUUCGGAUGCAACACGCAGUUUACACAACGUGGAAUAAUAACUCAAGCAGUAUCACAGAUUUUCUCGGAUUUUAUCUCGUCGUUCUUUUAAUACUAACUUCUUACAUCACCUACUCUUCAUAAACAUGGUACCCAGUGACACUGAAGACCCCCAGAAUUCUCCACCAGGGUACUUUGAAAACACUGGAUACUCAUCCGAUUUCGAAAAGUCACCAACAGCAGGAAAUCCCCCACAACCCAGAAAUCCCCCACAGACCGGAAAUCCCCCACAGACCGGAAAUUCCCCACAGACCGGAAAUCACCCACAAACCGGAAAUCACCCACAAACCGGAAAUCCCCCACAACCCGGAAAUCACCCACCUGAACAAGCUGGAUAUGCACCAGCAACAGAAUAUGACCCACCACCUCAUUACUUUUCACUUUUUCCCUGCAAAAACAACUACAACAGGAACAACAACCACAACAGCAGGAACAACAACAACAGCAACAACCAGAACAAACCGUUAUUGUAA